AGGCACGGGAGCCGCCGGAAACCGUAGGGCUGGAGGCCCGGCGAGAGGAAUGGCGUCCAGCUCCGGCGCAGGAAGGGCCCUUCCGAACCCAGCCAGGAGUAGGAAGUGCGUCUACCGCCUUCUCCCUCACAGGAAACGCCUCGCUCUGAGCCCCGCGCCGGGAAGCGCUCUCCGGUUUGAGUCCCGGUCCCCGGCGUCUCUGCACAGGCACCUGAAGCCCGCGAGAAGUCCAGCAGUGUCCGCAGAGUACCAGGCGCGCCGGCCGGGCGUCCUGGAAGAGCUCUCCGCGGGCUGCGGGAGGCCAGCGGUCUCUGUUGCGGAACGCGGACAGCAACGCGGACAGCGAGGGAGGUGACCAGAUCCUGGCCUGAAACCACCUAAGCAGACACUUAUUUGAAGAUUUCAAAGAUUUUAAGAGUUGUAUGUGAGAAAACAGGGACAAGUACCAACACAUAUUUCACAAUAUAACAGGAGAUGAACAUUUGGAAAAAACAUUUCUGAAGUAUAGAACUCAGCCAAGUGACCUUUUCUCUAGCUUCUAAGCUCAACAUGUAUGAAGGUUUGCCGGGCUCCAUUUCUGAAAAUGAACACAGUAUCCUGAAAGUGAAGAUAGAAGACACCACCUGCGAGCAGGCGUAUGGCUCACAGGAGCAGAGCUCCCGCACUCAGGAACUCUGCCGACUGCAGUUCCGGCAGUUCUGCUACCAACAGGCUCCUGGGCCCCGGGAGGCUUUGGCUCAACUCCGGGAGCUCUGCCGUCAGUGGUUGCGGCCAGAAAUGCACAGCAAGGAGCAGAUCCUGGAGCUGCUGGUGCUGGAGCAGUUCCUGGCCGUCCUGCCCGGGGAGCUGCAGGCCUGGGUGCAGAUGUAUCCUCUGCAGAGUGGGGAGGAGGCCGUGAGAGUGCUGGAGAAUCUAGCAGCAGGACGUGGAGACACAGGACAGCAGGUGAUGGGUGGGGUGGCGCUGGAGAAGAAAGGGAGGAUGUGUGUCAACUUCAGGCGAAGCUCUCACCUUAAUCGACACCACAGAAUUCACAGUCAGGAGGAACCCUGCGAGUGCAAGGAGUGUGGGAAAACCUUUAGUCAAGCCCUGCUCCUCACCCACCAUCAGAGAAUCCACAGUCACUCCAAAAGUCACCGGUGUAAUGAGUGUGGCAAAGCCUUCAGCUUGACCUCAGACCUCAUUCGGCAUCACAGGAUUCACACUGGAGAAAAACCGUUCAAGUGUAAAGUAUGCCAGAAAGCCUUCCGACUAAACUCACACCUGGAUCAACACAUAAGAAUCCAUAACGAAGAAAAGCCCUACAAGUGUACCGAGUGUGGAGACGCCUUCCGGCAGAAGUCAGGUCUCUUUCAGCAUCAGAGACAUCACCACAGAGGCAGACUGGCUUGAUGAAUGUUUUCUCUGUGUAGAACAUUAGAAGGAACACAGAGAAGCAAAGAACAUGCCAGAAGAAGUCUGGCCAACUAGUGUUGGAGAAUGCUCCAGGGCCAAGUUGGAAGCCAUUUGCUUCCCUUUCCCCUCCUCUGUGUUCCUUGAAGCUGGCCUAGUACUGCAGUACACAGCACUGUGUGAGCAAAGCAAAACAGCAGUCUUCACUACAGGACUUCGAAGAGGCUCUAAUGUGAUAAUUGCAUGGUUGUGUAUCUCCAUGUAGCCUGUGACUCAUUGAGGCCUUUGAGAAUAGCAGCCAGUCAGGUGUCCGCAGGUUUAGACACUGAUGGAAAACAAGGGCAGGGUGGUAUUUUAGAUACCAUGGCAACAGACUCAUUUUCUCCAUUGGCUUUACCUCCUCCUUUCUGCUGGCCUUACCUCCAUACUCCCCAUGCAUAACCAAUGGAAGCAUUUUAGAAAGCAAAGAACUUUUGUGGUUGACUGUAGUACUUGUCCUCAUGUCACUUUACGUUCUCCAUCCCCAUCCCCAUCCCCACCACAUCUCAUUGGUUCAUGUCACAAAUCAGAGUUUUACUUAGACUAUGGAAGAAAUUCCAUGAGUCAUUUGAUUGAACUGUGCUGGAAUAAUCCAAGUAGCAACUGUCUUACUUGAUAACUCCAGUGCUGGUACAGUGACUGCUGGAUAGAUUCUCUUCAAUAAAUGUCCAGUGAAAGAAA